UGGGGGAGCUGUGCCUCCGAAAUUUAUAGACGUUCGAAAGUCCAACGGUGGAGACAAGAAAGCCCACAUUUUCUUGACAGGUGAUCUUUGUCACCCUGAAAAGUUCUGGGCUUGACGUUUUUGCUAUUUCUUGGAGGGACUCCCAACAAGACACCACCAACCCAGCUCGCUUGCAGCUACCCCAAUUAUACACCACCGACUUGACUCAGCCUGCAGCGACCUCCAACAAUACACCACCGACCCAGGUCCGUUUUGUAGCGACCUUCAUACCACGUUUGCGGAUACAAGUCAUGAGCGGCGAUGAACAGGCCAGAGAACUAGGGAGAGGCCGGACAGAAUUGGAAUCCCAUAUGCCAUUUCAAGCCAGCACAGGUGAAUUCACGGGGGAUAUGCCGAACCAAGUUCGCCAAGCACCGUCUUCGCCCAACAGACGCCCAGGAGCCUUUCCAGUUUCAGUUUCAGUGGCCAUCGACCCGGUAGCUCUAAUAACAACAGAAUGUAUAACCGUGGCAUCUGCCAUGCGUAAGCAUGCUAGAUGGGCCCAUUCAUCGGUUUCGGCUAUCCUUGGUGGGAGUACAAGCUCUUCAAACUCCGUUGCGGAAGGAUCCAGACCUUCAAUGCCAGGACGCAGCCUUUCUGCUCGAAAGGGGCAGCAAGUUCGACCAUCUCUUGUUGAAUAUGACAGCCUAGCAAACAGGUGGGGGCUGCGGGGGAAGAAGGGAAAGAGCAUGCAAGAUAACCCCUUAAUGGCUGGCUUUGGACGCUUGAGGCGGGACUUGAUCGGCUGCAAGGAUAUUCGCAAUUUCGAUACUCCUGCGCUUCUCCACCCAUUCCUCCAGGUUAUCCAGGCAUCCGCGACCUCAGCCCCUAUUACCUCGUUGGCUCUCGUUGCUAUCACGAAGUUUUUCUCCUAUAAUCUAAUAAGCCGUGAUUCUCCUAGGUUAGCCCUAGCAAUGCAGUCGCUGUCGGCUGCUAUUACGCAUUGUAGGUUUGAAGCAAGUGAUUCCGCAGCCGACGAGAUUGUUCUCCUACGAAUAUUAAAGCUUAUGGAAGGAAUGAUAUCAGGACCUGGAGGAGAGCUGUUAAGUGAUGAAAGCGUCUGCGAAAUGAUGGAGACUGGCCUUAGUAUGUGCUGUCAAUCGAGACUGUCCGAGUUACUCCGUCGAUCAGCGGAGAUGUCGAUGAUCAAAAUGUGCCAGGUAAUAUUUGAAAGAUUGAAAUACCUCGAGGUUGCGGCAGGAGAACAUAUCGAAGCUUUAGACGAAAGCACAAAGGAAGAUAUGGAUGGUGUAAAGAUGGAUCCGUCCGCAAAUGGCAACGACGCUGUUGCCUCGUCACUAUCUGCGCCAACAGAGUCUGAACCGCUACCAAGCGUAAAUUUGGACGCCCCACAACGAACGGAGGCAAGCGGUAUGCCAACAAGCAACUACGAAUCCGAAAUUGGCUCCGGGCCAAGUUCAGAAGCUUCAGAAGACAUUGAAAUCAAGCCGUACUCGCUUCCAUCGAUCAGGGAACUCUUCCGUGUUCUAGUCGACCUCCUGAACCCGCAAGAUCGCCAACAUGUGGAUGCCAUGAGAGUCAUGGCACUACGUAUUAUUGACGUUGCCCUUGAAGUUGCUGGCCCGUCCAUCUCCAAACAUCCUAGUCUGGCAUCACUCGCCGAAGAUAGACUUUGCCGGCAUCUGUUCCAGCUGGUGAGGUCUGACAACAUGGCCAUACUCCACGAAUCUCUGAUAGUUGCUGGCACGCUCUUGUCCACGUGCAGAGAGGUGUUGAAAUUGCAGCAAGAACUGUUCUUAUCUUACAUGGUGGCGUGUCUACACCCACGUGUUGAGAUACCAAGGGAGCCAGGCAUUGAUCCAUCACUCUACUCUGGCGUACCACAAGCUCCCUCGCAAACAAAUAGCGGCCGGUCGACUCCGGUUCCUAUCAAGGACAGGCAAAAACUAGGUAUGGAAGGAGGCUCUCGGAAACCAGACGCGAGAGAGGCUAUGGUGGAGAGUGUGGGCGCUCUUGCUCGCAUUCCAACAUAUAUGGUUGAGUUGUACGUGAACUACGAUUGUGACGUGGAUCGGAGUGAUCUUUGUGAGGACAUGGUCGGCCUUCUGUCACGUAAUGCCAUCCCUGACUCGGCCACCUGGAGUACGACAAGUGUCCCACCAUUGUGUUUGGAUGCUCUCCUGGGUUAUGUGCAGUUUAUAAGCGAAAGACUCGACGAACCACCUCGAAGCGGAGAUUAUCCCGAUCAAACCCAGUUGAGGGAACAACGAAGGAGGAAGAAAAUCAUUAUCAAGGGCACAACAAAGUUUAACGAGAGUCCAAAAGCAGGUAUAGCCUACUUAACGUCUCAAGGGAUAAUCGAUGACUCAAGCGAUCCUGAUUCUGUUGCUACGUUUUUGAUGGGAACUAGCCGUAUCUCUAAGAAAGUACUGGGCGAGUUUUUGUCGAAGAAGGGCAACGAACCCAUCCUUGAGGCUUUCCUGAAUCGAUUUGAUUUCUCGGGCAAACGUGUUGACGAGGCGGUGAGGGCUCUCCUGGAGGCGUUCAGGCUACCAGGAGAGUCGGCUUUGAUUGAACGAAUCAUUACCUAUUUCUCGGAGAAGUACUGUGCGCAGUCACCACCAGAUGAGAUCGCAGACAAGGAUGCGAUAUACGUCCUGACGUAUGCCAUAAUUAUAUUGAACACAGACCAGCAUAAUCCCAACCUUAAGUCACAGAACCGGAUGACGUUGAAUGACUUCUCGAGAAACCUCCGUGGCGUAAACGGAGGAAAGGAUUUUGCGCCACAAUACCUUCAAGAUAUAUUUGACUCCAUCAAGUCGAACGAAAUCAUCCUACCUGACGAACACGACAACCAGCAUGCCUUCGAUUACGCCUGGAAAGAGCUGCUGCUUAAAUCCGAAUCGGCUGGAAAUCUAAUCUCCUGCGACACAAACAUUUAUGACGCUGACAUGUUCGAGGCAACAUGGAAGCCCGUUAUUGCAACUCUGUCUUAUGUGUUUAUGUCUGCCAGCGAUGACGCUGUCUUUCACCGAGUUGUCACAGGAUUUGAUCAGUGUGCUCGAAUUGCUAGUCGGUAUGGUAUGACGGAAACUCUGGACCAGAUUGUGUACUGUCUCAGCUACAUUAGCACCCUUGCAACAGUAACCCCAGCAAGCACAGCAUUAAACACGGAGAUCCAAGUAGAGGAUACGAGUGUUAUGGUCAGUGAGAUGGCUGUUAAAUUUGGGAGAGAUUUCAAGGCCCAAUUAGCGACUGUUGUGUUGUUCCGUGUCGUGUCCGGCAGCGAGACUGUUAUCAAAAAUAGUUGGAUACAUAUUGUCCGCAUAUGGAUCAAUCUGUUUGUUAAUAGCCUGAUACCACCAUUCUUCUCUGCUGCACCGAAUAGGAUGCAAAUUUCACCCAUUCCUCUGCAGAACCCAUCGCAGGUCAUCGACCGUGGAGCCAAAGCCACUGAUGCAGGCCUCUUCUCAGCAUUUACUUCGUAUAUCUCGAGUUAUGCUGCCGAUGACCCACCAGAGCCAUCUGAGGAAGAGCUUGAGAGCACACUGUGCACAGUCGGAUGCGUAAAUGCAUGCUACAUGAGCGAUGUCUUCGCAGAUGUCAUGGAUUUGCCGGCGGAAUCCUCACAGUACCUCAUCGAAGCAUUACUCUCGCAAUUGCCAGAUGAUCCUUCCUCUACGAUUAUAGCGGUAAAAUUCGAUAACAAUGCUGCGACAGUGAAUGGCCAGAAAACCCUUAGUGAUGGACUAAUUUAUGACCCUGCUUUUGUCUAUGUUUUGGAGCUAUGCACCGUCCUGUCUCUGAAAGACGAGAGCUCCGUCCUUCAGUCAGGAGAACAGGUGUCAGAAGCACUGCAGAGUGUAAUCCGGGAUUCUGCGAACUACCACCCUACACUGGUUGCCAGAGCUGUUUUCUAUCUCCUCAGUCUUUUGCAUGCAAGUUAUGAACACUCAUUCGUACGAGUCCCUGUCGUACUCCAUACGAUCUCUAGCUUCAAAAAUGGGCUACUGGAUAAAGCGGCGCCUACUAUUCUUGAAGGGAUUAAGGCUUGUAUCGAAAGUCCAGGUCCCCUACGCAAUGAAAUAAUCACCUCGCCUGACUUCUGGGUCAUCUUACGGGCGCUUUCAAAGAACCAGCAAGCGUCUUCAACUGUUUUCCAUAUUUUGGAGGGGGUUACAACAGGGAAGACCCCACCUUCGAUAAUGGCUGACAAUUAUGAGUCGGCCGUCUCUCUUUUGAAUGAUUUCGCAUCUGCUGGAAGUAUUGGAUCUGUGCUGGAGCAAAAACAGGAUACAAGAUCUCGGAGAGGCCAGCAGACGAAGCCUUUAAAAGCCCAGUCUGACGAGGUCGUUGAAAGAGGCGUUAAAGCAGUGGGGAUGAUAUAUCACCUUACGCCUAGAAUUCCAACUUUGAUGAAGCAAUCCCAUCUGGAAAGCGACAAAGCCUGGGAAGCGUAUUGGUCCCCCAUAUUCAAAGCUCUGACAACUCAAUGCAUCAAUCCCUGUCGUGAAAUCCGGCACCAAGCAUUUUCGUCCCUGCAACGGUCGCUUCUGUCAGAGGAGCUCAAGUUGGGCAGCCAGCAUUCAUGGACAGCCAUAUUUGAAGAAGUCUUGUUUCCAUUAAUCUUCAGGUUACUUAAACCUGAGGUUUACUCGACCGAUCCAAUUGGCAUGAGCGAAACACGGGUCCAGGCGGCAACCUUACUCUGCCGGAUUUUCUUGCAUUAUCUACCUUUGUUGUCGACGUGGGAAGGGAUGCUUGACUUAUGGUUGAAAAUUCUUGACAUAAUGGACCGACUAAUGAACAGCGGACAAGGAGACAGUCUAGAGGAGGCUGUUCCAGAGAGCCUGAAAAACAUUAUUCUCGUAAUGUCCACUAGCGAGUAUCUUGCGCCACAAGUUGAAGACCCUUCUCAGGAGAAGCUUUGGACGGAAACUUGGAAGAGACUUGACAGGUUCUUACCGGAUCUUCGCGGCCAGCUUGGUCUGGAGUCAAAGGAAGUGGCCGUCGAUAGUCAUCCACCGCCCCCGGCCACCCCCGAGAACACCGAUAUACCCUCUUCGUCUACUGAGUAACAACUUACUUACGUAUGCAAUGUCAAAUCAGUAAGUAGUCCUCGGCGAAUAAUGCUAGAUAUUGAUGGGGGGCAAUCGUGUGCAUAACCAAUGUACAUAACUUAUGCCAACUUUAAUUACGAGUAACUUGCUGUCGC